AACAUGGCGUCGUGUACGCUUGUGGGACUGUCUGCUGUAAGCGGAGUUCCCCUGUUUGUGCGACACACGGGACCUGGCAAGCCGCCAGCAUAUGCCUUGAUUGGUUCUCUGAAUGGGAUUCAUGUUUUUGGUGAGUCACAUGGAGUCACUCUCUGUACCACAAGAACCCCAAAUUCAAAUCUUAUGUGGAAGACAUACCAUGAUAGCAUUCGGCUAGUUUUAAUUCGAGGAAGUGAGACUGUUGGAGACAGAUGUGACGGCUUACUUCUAGAUUUGAUGUUUGCCUCUCUAGUUCUUCUUCUUGGUCUGGACACCCUAACUACAUCAACCAAUGUGGAAAGACUAAAGAGGGAUAUCAGGCCAUGUUAUGUAUUGCUGGAUGAAUUACUGUCCCGAGCCAUAGGUAGUGAGGAUCAUCAGGGGUUUUCCCACUUAACGGGCUGUGCAGAGUGCCUUAUUCCUCCAGAGCAACAUUCAUUACAGAGUGAACUUGAAAAAUUUGCUGAAGGAGCAGACUCAACAUACGGGUGUGUGAUGCUGCAGGGAUAUAUUUUGUGUGGGACUCGCAACUUUUGGUCAUUGUCUCACACAGAGCUGGUUCUCCUCCCUCUGCUGGUGGCUACCAACAUAUUCACUGUAGCACGUGACUUACCCAUCUACCUCCCUAAUAAAAGUCCUAAUGUACCGUUCAGAAUGCUGGUGGUACGACUAACAGGUCAUAUAUCAGUGGUAACUCUCUGUGGCCCAACACCCACUCUGUCAGAAAUGAUUCGUGCAGCCUCAUCAUUUUGGGCCCCAUCAUACCAAGUCUUGGAGACACUUACCACUUUGUUACCAUGGAAUAUUAUGCCAAGUCUUCUGUCCCAGCUUGAUAAUGCUGUCAUAGGGCUCAUUCUAGUCAACUACGACCACAAAAAAUGUGUGAGCUGUGUGCACCUUAGUGAAGAGACAAGAUCUAGAUGUUUAAGUGUUGCCAAGAAGACGGCUGCAUUGCGCUCUGUUUACCGAAGUGUUGUUGGAUCAUUACUUCAGCCUCCUGCUAUACCUCCAGAGGAUUUUCCAUCACGACUGCAUCCAGAUCAUACACCCCUCGAGUCAUACAUCUCCACUGAUAGCUACAAGGUGUACGUGCUGCAGUCAUCCUCAUAUCAUCUUCUAGUCCUGUUUCCACCUGCUCUACCAAUUCACAUAGCCAGAAAAGUAAGCAUCAGAACAUUAGCAGUUUUUACAAAAGGUAAGGUUCCCAAACUCUGACACUGCAAAAAGUUGGUUAAAUUUAGAAGAUCCGCUUUAUUCAGUACAAAAAGUACAUUGUAAAAUUGUUUUAUAUUUUUAAGUCAUAAACACCUGUAAAUAUGAAUAAUUUAAUUUAUUAGUUCAUAUAUGGAUGGAGUGAAUUUAUCAAUGUAUUUACUGGCAUUCAGUUUUGUGAUAUACUAUACUAGCUGGAGAACCUGGUACUGUGUGAGUGUGUUUUAAGGGCAGCUCGUGGUCUCUGUCUGUGACUAGACUAUCACCUACACUACAUCACUACCCUAUCACCUACAAUACAGCACUACACUAUCAGUUACACUACAUCACUACACUAUCACCUACAAUACAGCACUACACUAUCAG